AUGUCAGACGAAACAGAAUUAAAAGCAGAAGUCAAUAAAUUGAAAGAUGAUAUGAGAAUGAUACUAUCGAAAGUGUCUGAUGCAGAAAUUCAACUUCUUGAUUAUAGAAAAUGUACUGAGAAACUUGAAGAAAAAAUUGAGAACCAAGAGUUAAAAAUAAAACAACUUGAAGACUCUCUUGGACAAAAAGUCAUCGAAUCCGGAAUGAAAGAUGAGAUAAAAAAGCCGCAAGCAGAGAAAAUCGAACGAUUGAGAAUCAACGAAAGAAUCUACGAGUGGCCUUAUCUUGGCUGGACGAGAGAAGAAGACGAUGAUGACGACUGCCAGUCCAUUUCGACUUCGAUGCAAGUUCAAGCAAAUUACAACAGAAAAAUUUACGAAAAUAAUGACUGCAACUAA